AUGGACCCCGAGAUCUUGGUCCAUGUCGCUGCACCCAGUGCCAGCAGCGACGACGCUCGCUAUCGUGCCCAGGUCGCGGCCAUCCUGCACUUCCAGAGUGUGUCGCGACAGCCCGUGUGGCUGGGCUUCGACAGCGACAGUCCCGACGAGCGGGAUGAUCGUCGACGCCAUGACGAAAACCUCCACUCCUCUACAGAGGUCAUCUCCGUCCCGUGCUCGCUGCUCAGCCAGCCUCAGAAGGCACGAUCAUCAGGGCCCAGCGAAUGCAGGAGUGCCGUUUCCCCAUCCAUCGGCCAAAGUGGCCGUGUCACUCAGCCACAGGCAAAUCUUUCUGAUGCAUCCAUUCAGGAUGGCCGCCUAUCAGACCCCGGCGACGCUGUCAAGAACCGUCGAGAAUCAUUGGAGAGCCUCAUCAGUGUCAUCCCUGAUUCGCAGCCAGAGAUCCUGACCGAGUCGGAUUCCGCGACACGCCCAGGACAAUCGGAUCUCCCCGCGGUCAAACGGCGUCGUAUACAGCCAUCAUCCCCGGCCCAGCUGUUAGACGGGACCAUCGCACCUCCCAGAGCUAGCUCGCCGGCGUUUAAGCAAUCUACCGGCAACCAAUCAGCAGGCCAGUGCCACAAUGGCGCCCCAACCCAACCUCUCGCAGAUAGGGCUACGUAUACCAACCUCACGACUCUCCCACUGGAAAUCCACCCCCCACCACCCCCAAUCUCCAACACCCACUUCACAACCCACAUAACAGCCACCCUCUCUAUGCUAGCAGAGCGCCUCAAGCCAUCCCGCACGUACAAGCCCGUUCUGCAAGCGCGGGAUCUAGAGAAACUAGAACGAGGACAUUGGGUGGUUCACAUCAACAUCCUCGAUCCACCAAGAGAGCAACGCCAGCAACGCCAGCAACAGCAACAGCAAGCCCCCCGUCCCGCACGAGAUUCAUCCCCGCAUCCACAUGACUGGGACGCUGCAUUCUUCCAUCGCUUCUGGACAUUCCUCUCCGAGUUCGUUGCGAGAGAUGCGCGUGCGGGCUGGGGGGUGUGGUGUAUCCUAGAGAAGGCAGAAGAAGAUGCGCAUCCAACCCUCCUGUCUGGCGGAGAUGUUACGUCGGAUUUGUCAACGACGCCGGUCUCGCUGAGGGUGUAUGCAUGGGGCGAGGUCGCGGUGCAUGUUUACCUCCUCCUGUUUCUGGCGAGUGAGCGACGCAUUCGGGGGAUGGGUGCGCAGUGGAGGGAUGCCCGUGGAGAGGUGGUUAUCGAACUGCCGUGA